CAAACCGCACAGCGCGUACGUCAGCGGAAAUAGUUUAUAUGCAAACGACAAACAAUCAACAACAAGCAGCAAACGGAUUUGGGAAGCGUAACUGCGUCUUGGCCGAAGCUCGCGCUCGAACAAUGGUUGUUGCUGUUGUUGCCGUCGACGUCUUUGAAAAGAGCAGCAGCGGCAGCAGCGUUGAAUCUGCAGAAUUAGCGGCACCCAGCUGUAGCGGUACACAAGCAUCGGCCUCCAAUAACAAUAAUACUGAUAAGACCGCUCCAACGACUGUUCAGGAGGCAGAGGCCAACAACAACACGCCUGUCACCUCUAACACGAGCGACAAAAUGACCGAUGCUGGCAAGGGAAAGAGCAGCGAUUCUGUCGGCGAUUCUACCAAAGCGGUAGAGCCGGCUGAUCCCGCAUUGCCGACAGCUCCCACAAAAAGCGCCGUUAGCCAGCGCAAUGUGGACAUCAAGAUCGAGAAGAUAGCUAACACGGAGCCGGCCGGCCAGCAGCUCACCAAGAAGGUGUUAAAGCUUGAUCUGGGCGGCAAGAGUCUGGACGAGUACUCGCUUAAGUCGCCCAAGUCACCCAUAGCGGCACGUGUGCAACAUCAAACAUCAUUGACGUCAUCGGUGGACGUGGAGGACCGGAAAACGCUACGUGACGCCUUAUAUCAGGGUAUUUUCCACCGACAUCGCCGCACCAUCUUCGCCGUGGGCAGCUUCCUGCGCAUGUUGCGCAGCCGCAACUCCCAGUACAACACGAUCCGCAGCUCCUCAGAGGGCGAGGACAUCGACGAGUUUCUCAAGAGGCGCAGCUCGAAGUUGCUCAGGCUUCCGCAUAUCUUCGAUCAAUGAGUGCUUGCUUUCUUGCGUGCCGGAAAUACUAGGUAUACAGUUUUCGAUUUCCACGUAGUACUUAACUUUAAAUAUUGUUAUUAUCAUUCGAGUAGUAAAUUAAAGUUCUGUCGAAAGGCCUAGCCCAUUGUGGGCCAGAGGCUAAAUAUGCCCCAAAUUGGCAGCGCUAGAUUCCAUGGCUGGGACAACGGUGUUGGUGCAAAUGGCACUGGCAUUGGCCAUAUGCUGCCUACUGGCGUCUGAAGCUCCUGAGGAGGAGAAGAGAGUAUGUUAAUAUAUAGACUACAAAGUUCUCCAAUCACGGUGCGUUGCUUAACCAUGACACUUAAUAGUUUUAGUUUCAACGAUCGCUCUUUCUUAUGCAAAUAUUCCUAAGAAGUAAGGCUAAAUAUGUAUAUCCAUCAUUCGAUUUUGUAACAUGUUUUCUCUAGUUAUGAGCCAUUAUAUUCUAUCUGUACUAUUAUUCCGAUCAUCACUAUAGCCAAUCGCUAUACAUGCAUAUGUGGCCUUUUGAAUUUGAAUUUGGCACCAAACAUAUGUAUGUACCACAUGCACACAAAAGCGAUUGCUUGCGAACUUACAGCUUUCGACUUCCAGAUAUUCACAGAAAUCGAAAAUUGUUAAAUUCAUUUCCACAUAGUACCUAACUUUAAGAGUAACAGGUAUAGAAAAGAUUGAUUAAACACUUGAUAAUUGUCAAUCGGAAA